UAGAUCUGUGCAGGCGAGGCGCGGAUAGCAAGAUCCGGUGGGGAAAAUGCACAUCUUGUAUGUGAUUGAUUAUUGAUUGAUACUCGCUAAGUUGUUUUGCUUGUGUAGGAGAGGUGCUGGGUAGUUGAUCUGGCAUCAGGGGGUGUUGGAGAUCUGUUAGAAGGCGAGAAAUUAUGCAUGUAGUUUUCUAGGGUUUGCCUUGGAAUGCUUGAAUUGCAUAACUGAGCCUUUCGCGCCUUUCUUUCAACGGUAGCUGUUCGCGCUUGUUUAUGUUGCUGGCAUUGCUAUGCUAUUUUAGGUAGAUGGGUUAUUAUGAAGUUCUGUUGCUGACUAUGGUUGACUUGAUGACUUGUAUCGGUCUAUGCUUGUGACGUCAUUGGUACGACUAGUUGCUAUACGACAAGGAGCUCGACGCAUGUAUUUAAGUAGGUGAAGCAGCUCGUGCAGUAUAGCAGCAACUAGAUCGUAGCUCGACACAAUGUUAAUGUAGUAGAUCAGUGGAGCAGCUUGUCGUGUUGUUUGAGGCACUUUUUUGCCGUUUCUGUAUAUCCUAAUAGAUUACGCCACCACGUGGAUAUAGCUAUCUAGGGCAGUUGGUUGUGAAGUUGCGUGACGCAAGCGUAAACAAUUAGUUAUAAAAUUCUGCCUUUCAUGAAUGAUUAAUGGUUCAGAUUCCUUGUUUUUGGUUUUUAUUAAAAACAAACCCGUUUUUAUCGCUUUAGUCAACCAACGGCCUAGCACAGUAAAUGUUGAGGCAAACCCGGAUGUUGCUAAUUUUGUCGAAGGAACGUAGGAAUAUUUGGUUGACCAUCAAGUCAACCGAUUGGCAUAUAUGGUGAAGUGCUUUCUUAUGCUUAUCUUGUGAUUACUGCUGUGCUGAUGUUGGGGAGAGGGUCAAUUGUUUUUCAGUCUAUUGCUCAUGACAAGAGUGCGGUUUUGCAGGCUUGCAUACUGAUAUGCAACAGGUUUUCAUGGCAUGUUACGACUCAUAGUCAUAGGUCCAUCUUGAGAAUUAUCUUGGUUUACAUUUGAUUAGCUCAUCCCUCACAACCUUGUGGUUCACAAAUAUAAGGAUGAAAUGGACAAGUCCAAUGGCCUUCUCAUUCGUAGCAGGGAAGGCUUGUUUUCAGUCAUGAGAAUUGUAUUAAGCGUAUUGUUGUGAAUAUUGGAGUAGAGAAGGAAGAAAGACCUUGGUCCCCGCAGACCUUUCUAUUACGGUCGGACUUCUUAUAAUUUCCUGGAAUCUUUCCUAAUUCUCUCCCUUCUAGUCUUAUAAUAAUUACUUAUCCUUUCACUUGGACUCCUUGUGUACCAUUAUUCUUGGCAGAAUUGGGCUCCACAAAUAACAGCAGAAGCUUUUCCAAGUUGCUACUCUUGCUGUCAUUGCCCAUUGCCCAAUACAUCCAUAACAUGUUUUAUUGGAGUGACUACUGCUGAAAAGGAGCCAACACUCCUGCCUCAUAACAAUGUCAAAUAUCUGAAGAAAGCUGGCAGUGGCAAUCUUCUACGUCCGGAUAUGCCAGAUACUAAUGCUUGGAGAUUUAGUAGCUCAUCUCCUGGUGGAGAUCUGGGGAGCAAAACCAGAACCCCUACGGGUACCUUUAAUGCUCAAGGCCAGUGCAAGAAAGGAAAUAAUUGCACUUCUCCUCAUGGAAGAGAGGGUUCUGGUUUUUGUAACCUGUGGAGUCAAGAAGAAAAUGCUGGUUCACUCACAUCAGUUGGUUAUGGGAAACAUAGAGGCUCUGAAGAAGGAUUUGAAGCACAAUGUGUAUCCAACUUGAAUGAUCUGCACAACUAUGGGCGAUAUAGGACCCUCAUUCAGUCUUAUGGCGAAGAUCAUAGGGGGCUGGCUCAUAACUCGCCCAACCUAAAUAUUUCAGAGGAGAGGUCUUGCAGAACUGAUAAUUUCUGGACUACAAAGCCUACCCCUCCUGUAAAUGAGCUGGUGCAGAUCUCAGUUCAAGGGAAAAACCACAAACCUAGUCUCAUGGGACACCAUAUUAGUUUGCCCUCUGAUAGCUACUUGGAUGGCAGGGGAACCUUAAGUAGAUUGCAUUUAGAUGGAGAAAAGCUGUUGCCGGAUCUGAAUGUGGCCAAAGCAAGCAGCCUAAGUGAUUCUCAUGUCUCUGAUUAUUGGCAUCGACCAUUUUACUCAUCUGUUUCAUUUGACUAUCCCCAGUAUGGUGAGAAGCGAUCUGCUUAUGGUGGACCAACAGAAAAUCUUCCUCACAAACAUCAGAAAGAACAUAGUUCAAGCUUUGCCUCAUACAGCUCAAACAGUAUAACAGGGUUCAGAAGUCCAGGCCACAAUAGCUCUGUUCAUUCCUUGGGUAGCCAACCUUCUCGAGGAAUUACUCACCCAGGAAUGCCGUCCCUUCAUCAGUUAACACCUGGUAUCGAGAAAUUUGGUCUCCAUAAAGAUGUAUAUUUUGACAAGGGCUGUGGUACAUCUAGGCCUGGGUUACGUGCAAGCAGUUCAUGUCAGCCUGAGCACCUUUCCCCAAUCAAGGAUGACCCUUGGGUAACUUCAGUGCCUUUUGUACCUCUUGUUGAGUUUCCCAACAGUGCAUCACCUUCAAAUAGUCCAUAUGACCCACUUGCUGACAGUAUGGACCCUCCCAAAGUUGAGAGUGGCAAUAUUCUCAAGUCCUCCAACAUAUCCUGCAGCAUUUCAAGUCAGCACACUGCUGGGAAUGGUGUUAUAGAUGGAGAUAUCAACAAAUCAUUGAUAUAUGAUAAGUUGGCAAGGAAUAUGUCGGCAAAAGGGUCAAAUGAGUUUGCAGGCUUGGUUGCACCUGGUAAGGAACGCUCUAGUCUGGAUGGCGAUACUUUGGUGAAAGCUUUUGAAAGAACCAAAGAUGGAGCAAUUGACGAGAAAACGAGGGAUUAUUUCCGUAUUCAUUUGGCAGAACAUGUGAAGGAGUUGCUGAAACCUAUUUGGAAGGAAGGCAAACUGAGUAAAGAUGCUCAUAAACUGAUAGUAAAAAAAUCUGUUGACAAAGUUCUUGCUACAGUUGACCUGCAUCAAGUACCAGCUACUAAAGAAUUGAUAACUGAUUAUAUAACCAUGUCUGGAACAAAGAUUGAAAAGCUUGUGAAGGCAUAUGUUGAUAGGCAUGGUACAAGAUGAGAUCCAGACUUGUAAAUGCUGAGCUCCAUCACCAUAGAUAUGGGCUUUCAGCAAACACCUUUCCGAUGUGAUUAAUCUGCAGUCCAAUGUUGCUAGGCCUGAUCUGCAGUCCAAUAUUGCUAGGCCUGAUCUGCAGUAGCCAACCUGAAGUGAAGUGGAUUCAGGGUAGCAUUCAAUUUUGCAUCUUUAAGGUUGCCAGAUAUUAAAGUCGUCUUUGAGCCUAUUAUAUCCUCAUUUUAUCAUCACUGAUCAAACUGAUGAGAGCUGCCAGAACAUGCAAUUGGAAACAAACAGUUCGCCUCAUUCACCUUCUUAGAUUUUUUAUGGCCUGUACUGCUUAAUUCCUUGGCCCAUUCUGCUGAAAAGGUUCUGUUUCUGGACGGAAUGGCGUUCCAGAUUGGAAUGCUAAUACUAAAGAGUGUCCAUGUCCUGACUCGUCCAUGAAGUGGUCCGACCUAACCUCUGCCCUCAAAUGCCUAUGCUCACCCAAGCUUGUAGAUCACAAAUACCGUCAGGCUGGGCUCUGCUUCCCACGGGAACUGAUGCUUAACUCAGCCCUGCUCGGCGGGGCAGCUGGCUGCCCAUCUCCAUCGCCCGCCUCAUGCUUACUCUGUCUGCCUCAUCCUCCGUGUUACAUUCUUUCCUCCAACAGCAAGGUGUGGCUUGGCUUUCGGUUCUGUUUUGCCGGCGAGAAUGGUGAAGGCUUUGGUUAACAUUUAAGAUCAGCAUUAAAACAGGCUUCUACUGUGCAGCCUGUGUUAUAUCAGUAAAUAAAUGGAAUUUAAUUUCAAUGCCA